UCCACCCACCUUGUCUCAAUAUAAAGCCGAGCAGACAGCUGAGAGGGACUGAAAGGUAGAAGAGGAAAAAGAACUGAGAGAGACUACAAACACUCGUCUAUCUGAACUUUGUCCUGUUUCACUUCUGGAAUAAAACAGCAAAGAGGAUUUAUUUCAUACAGUGACAAGGUGAUUAAUGAUGAUGAGGAUGAGGCUGGUUGUGGUGAUCAGUGCUGUGCUUCUCCUGAUGGUGGACAGCAGCGUGAUGGAGAGGAUUCUGUCCCGCAGCAGGAGGGAGCUAGCCAGCCCGCUGCACGCUCGGGGUAUCCGGGACCCAUUCGGUUCAUACUGUGAGAGGAGAGGGGGCUGCUGUGAGGGCAGGAAUGAUGAGUGCACCAUGCCAUACCUGGACACCAUCUGCUACUGUGACCUGUUUUGCAACCGAACAGUGAGCGACUGCUGCCCGGAUUUCUGGGACCACUGUCUGGGAAUCCAGCCUCCUCCCAGAGGUACUUGUGAGAGAAAUGGCCACUGGAUCCACUCAGGUGCAACCUACAAAGAGAACUGCAAUUUAUGUACAUGUAGCGCGACGGGCCAGUGGGUCUGUGAGCAGCACGCCUGCCUGAUAGAACAAGACAUGAUCCAGGCAGUGAACUGGGGGAGCUAUGGCUGGAAGGCGGCUAACUACAGUCAGUUCUGGGGUAUGAGUCUGGACGAGGGUUUGCGCUACCGGCUGGGCACUCGGCGGCCUUCCCGAACCAUCAUGAGCAUGAAUGAGAUUCAGAUGAACAUGGAUAAUAACGAACACCUGCCCAGUUAUUUCAAUGCUACUGAGAAGUGGCCAGGAAAAAUCCAUGAGCCACUGGACCAGGGCAACUGUGCUGCCUCGUGGGCCUUCUCCACAGCAGCUGUAGCAUCAGACCGAAUCUCUAUUCAAUCCAUGGGACACAUGACCCCUCAACUGUCACCCCAGAAUCUGAUUUCCUGUGACACACGUAACCAAGGCGGCUGUGCUGGAGGACGCAUCGACGGGGCAUGGUGGUACCUGAGGAGAAGAGGGGUGGUGACGGAGGAGUGCUAUCCAUUUAAUCCGCCCCAGCAGACCCCUGCUGAAGUGAGCCGCUGUAUGAUGCAGAGUCGCUCAGUGGGCCGAGGGAAGAGACAGGCCACAGCCCGCUGUCCCAACACUCACGACUACAACAACGAAAUCUACCAGUCCACCCCGCCCUACAGACUGUCCUCAAAUGAGAAGGAGAUAAUGAAGGAGAUCAUGGAUAAUGGGCCUGUGCAAGCCAUCCUGGAGGUGCAUGAGGACUUCUUUGUGUACAAGAGUGGAAUCUACCGACACAUUGAUGUGAAUGUGCACAAAGCACCGCAGUAUCGCAAGCACGGCACACACUCCGUGAGGAUCAUAGGGUGGGGAGAAGAAAGAGAUUACAAUGGGAAAACACACAAGUACUGGAUUGCUGCCAACUCAUGGGGCAAGAACUGGGGUGAAGGUGGCUACUUCCGCAUUGCCCGAGGAGAAAACGAAUGCCAAAUCGAGGCUUUCGUGAUUGGCGCAUGGGGCCGGAUAACCAUGGAGGACAUGCACAGCCAUCACCACGGAAGACGCAAAUAGAGAUGCCCAAUCACGUGCGUCUCUGAUCCUUGUGCCUCCCUCUGAGAUCCGUGUGCACUUCAUCGCCAGAUUGAACAAACACAAAAGACUCAGUCAGGACUAUGGCAGGAGACUGCAAUACGGUUUCUAUUAGAGCCAUCAAACUUCUAUUGAAUAUAUUAUUCUUGGCAGUGCUGAUAGGUGUUCAUAAAUAGCCAGUCCUUUUUGUUGUUCGAAUGUGGGCAGUUUUGGAAUGAGCCUUGUGGUGGGUCUAAUGCUUCCCUUUCCUCUAUGCAAGAAAAUGCCAAUGAAAAGUCAGUUCAGUUAUUGGCCAAGGAAAACUGGUUCAUGGAGACUUGCCUGUAACUGUGAGCUCGACAAUGCCCCCUGGUGGCCACAAUUACAAUUACAAUUACACAGGCUCACUUCGAUGAGCUCACAUAGUCUGAGAAAUCAGGAUUUUUUUGUUUGUUUUUGUUUUUUAAAUAACAAAAUUGGCUAUACUAGUAAUCUUGUUUAUUUGGUUUUAUUAGCUCCUGGUAGGUAGUUUUAAACUGUAAGUAGCAUUGUCUGUGAAACUCGGACUCACUCAAUGUGCAUUUCAGACAAUACAUUCCAGCAUUGCGUAGCACAGUGGAAAAGGCAAGAUGAUGUGAGGUUGAAUUAAAAGGGUGAAUUUAUUACCACUUAUUUAUUUUAAAGAACUAUAACAGCUAUAUAUAUAUAUAUAUAAUUUUUUUUUUUUACAGUAAAUAUGUUUUUGGUUAUGGUCCUUUUUCUGAGUAAUUGGCUUUUCUUUUGAGCAUUCCAAAUGCAUCAAACUCGCCAUCUGAGAAUCCGCUUGAAUGCUGAAGAUAUCUGAUCUGGCAUUUUUAUUUUUAUUUUUAAAUCAAACAAAAAUGAAUUUUAAUACAGUAACACGCAUUAUAAUGACCACUGAUAUAGCAGCAGUGCUUAUUCAGUAUCAGUUUGCUGAUCUUAGGCAAUAGUAAUAGAACCUUUUGUAGACUGGGACACCUUUAAUUAUAAAAUAAAGUCCACACUUCCCCUAAGGGAAGAUGUGUUUUCUGAACUCUUUUUAAAUGUAGACAAUAAUAUUCUGCCUAUUUCUUGGAGCCAAAGAGCUUUUUUUUUCUUUUCUUUUUUUUUUAAAUUCCUGAACUUUCCAUGGACAGAACACAGUAGGUCCGUUUAAAACCCGUUAAAUUGGGCGACCAGUCAGUAGGUAGUCUUUGAUUAUAAUGGGUUGUGACUUUCACCACUGUAACCAAAUUAUAAACAUUACAGCCACUGUGGCUAUAAUUCAUGAACCCCUGAGGGUCCCCAGACCCCACCAUUCAAAGGACAUGGGGGAAGAAAUGCGUACGACCUAUUACGAGGACUGAGGAAUUCACUAAUAAAACAAAUGUAGUGUGCACUGCUUCAGUUACCAACACUUUUGUAGUGACACAUAAAGGCUGACUAAGAAUUACUGAUCAUUAUUUUAUGGUUACAAUCUUAAAAUAUUAGAAACUAACAUUUCUCUUUUUUUAUGUUUUUGUACUGGACUGCUGUGGUUUCUUGGGUGAUUUUGACUAGAGUCAACCCUGCCUAAUUCUGAAAUCUCUUAUAACAAUACAGUGCUUUCUGGCAUAAACUAAUAUAAAUGAUGUGCAUAGACAGUGUUACACAGUGAUAGAUACAUUAUGAUAUUUUAAAUAUUUUUUUCACAUGCUAACAGUGCAAAUGCUACUGGUAAGGUAUGUGGGGGGUGGGGUUUAAAUACAAAAAAAAAAAAGGGGGGGGGGGAAAUGUCCAAGAUUAUAUUAGCGAUUAUAUAAGCAGGUCUCCACUACUGAUAGUAAUCAUACCAAGCGAUUCCAUGGCAGCUGAAUAUUUUACAGGCUCGGAGUAAAUCAAAUAUUCUCCCCACAGGAAAUGGUUUUUAUAAUUUCCCUUCAGUCAUUUGGGCUCCAUAUAUGGGAAGAAAUGUGUGCUCAGAUACAGUGUUUAACUGAGCAUGACUCGCAAGCUUAGUAUAUCAGGUGCAGAUUUUUUUUCAAGCCAAAGAUGAGCUGUAAAUCACAUCUCUUCUCUUCACUGCAGCAUCACAUACACUUGACUUAAGAGCACAACGAAGAGUUACCGAGGUUAUACAGUACAGUGCUGGGCAGAAUAAACACAGCUGCUCACUUUAAAUAUUUCUGAUACUUCCAUAACGCAGUGUGAAAAGUCACAUGACGGCCUGUAACGAUCUCACUGACCGUAUAAUCUCUAAUCAUCUUGUUACACGCAGGAAUGUGAACCCUUGUGAUGAACAUUGGUGUCGAUUGUAUUCGUCAGGUCUAUUCGGCAUCGUGUUUCUUUCUGAACACACAAGCCUCUGCUACUGAAAUGCAUUUCUCUACUUCUGAUAUAUCAUCAUUACCAUUAUAAGCUGUUAUUAAUGGACAUAAACUUGACACAUAUCUAAUGUUAUGCUGUUUUGAAAGCAGUGAUGGACUUCCAUGAUCCAUCCAUUCAGUUAGUAAGAGGAUUCAUUUUCGCAUCUAGUCAUCCAUACCAGAGAUAAACCCCUCACACAGAGGGAAUGUGCUAGAAAACUGCACCCAAGUCAUGCAGAGGAAAUGGGUUUUGGCCAGAUGAUGUAUUCUUAAGUCUCCUUCAUGGAUAAUGGGUCUCUAUUGGGUUAGAGUGUUCUGCUUUGAUAAAUCUCUCUUUCUUGAAUUUAAUAUAAGACUAUCUGACUAUUUGAGAAGCAGGUUUCUAAAUUAUAUCCCUUUGAUGCAAUGCAUAUUAUUUUGCUGUCACUUGUAUUGUGUGUAUAUACUGUAUAUGCAACACAAACUACUGUAAUGUCCACCGGUGUAAUGCAGUAAAAUCUAAAUCCAACCAUCAUACAAACACAAUCACUCAAUUUCCCCUCUGACUGAUGUACGAGAUUACAAGUUAAACAUAUGCUCAGAAUUGUGACUAAACCUUAUUAUAUAUUCCAGGCAGAUGAAAUCAAA